AUGGAAAGCAACAGCGAAGUCACAGUUGACAUGCCAGAGGAAAGCGAGCCAAUUACUGUGAUCGAAGCGCAACAAGGUACACAAGCCACAAACGCUCCCACUAAAAAGCCACUUCCAACAAUUGUUAUUACUCAAGAUGAUAACUCUCAAUAUGAAACAUUUGAUCCAACGGUUUGUGAUUCAUCCUACCAGUGGCUCCACCAUGAGACCAAGAAGAACGCAAACUCAGACCAGGCGCGUAUCUGCGUCUCAGACUCCUCCAACAGCGGAUUGUUCACGGAGCUGACUGAAGGCGACAGGAGCAAAGUCGAAUCAGCGAAAUCUGUUCGCUGUGGCUACACAUCUGUGGCCACUCUUCGAUCAAGAAUAGAAGCGAAGAUGCAAGGGAAAAAACUUAGAAAAGUACCAAAAGCCACGCGAAUCCCUGCUCCAGUUCUGCCCCAUGAGAAUCCUCGAGGAACUGGCGUUCAAAUCGAAGAACAUCCUGUCAACAAAGGUGCAACAGUGACAAGCCAAAUCCCAUCCUUGAUCAAACCCCGACCAGUUAUAAGAUCUCAAUCGGAAUCCGAUUUGGAAGCAGCGCUGAAAUGCCGCGAACAGCAAGCGAAGUUAUAUGAAGACUCCCUUCUUGGAAUUCCACAAUCGGAACGUGUCACUUCAGCAAAGCGUCCGACAUCAGAAUUACAAAAUGGAAACGCUUCACUGGAUAAAUACGGGGCAAAUCAAUGGUGGGCACAUCCGCUGAGAGUGUAA